AUGUAAGAUGCGUUUAUUUUCUCACCGUUUCUGAGAAUGAUUUGGAUUUUAUUCCUGCAGGAGUUUGAAUAAUUCUCAUUUGAAAGAAUGGAGGAUCUCACACCAGAGCAAUGGCGCGAGAUCAUGAACAAGAAGAUGCGCUUCCCCCCGGAGCUGCUCAGUGCGAUCCAGGAGGGGAAGAUCGAGCUGCUGUGCGGCCUCCUGAAGACCGGGGACGGGAUCAUCCGCCAGCUGGACGAGUCCGAGGACCGCCUUUGGAGAGAGGCGCUGAACCUGUCCAUCCGCCUGGGCAACGAGGACGCCAUGGACGCGCUUCUGCAGGGGGUAAAGUUUGACUUUAGACAAAUCCACGAGGCGCUGCUUGUGGCAGUGGACACCAACCAGCCCAGAGUGGUGAAGCGUCUCUUGGACCGUCUGGACCAGGAGAAGGGAAACAAGAUGGACGUGCGCUCCUUCUCCCAAGCCAUAUUUGACCGCUCCAUUGACAACUCUCAGUUUGCCCCUGGAGUGACCCCUCUGACCCUGGCCUGUCAGAAGGACCUGUAUGACAUAGUGACCAUGCUGACACAGAAGGGCCACGGCAUCCCCUGGCCGCAUAAAAUCUCCUGCGCGUGUCUGGAGUGUCGGAACGGGCGUCAGUACGACCUGCUCAAGUUCUCCCUGUCCCGGAUCAACACGUACCGCGGCAUCGCCAGCCGGGCUUACCUGUCCAUCACCUCAGACGACGCCAUGCUGAGCGCCUUCAGCCUCAGCAAAGAACUGCGCAUGCUCUCCCAAAAAGAGCCUGAGUUUAAGCCUCAGUACCUCAGCCUGGAGGAGCUUUGCCAGGAGUUUGCUGUGGAGUUAUUGGGAAUGUGUCGAAACCAGAGUGAGGUGAGCACCAUCCUGAACAGCUGUGGGGAUGAGAGCCCUGAUGCUCUGGAUGAACAGGCCUUUGAGGAGGGAAUACCCAACUUGUCCCGCCUCCGACUCGCUGUCAACUAUAACCAGAAACAGUUUGUGGCCCAUCCGAUCUGUCAGCAGGUGCUAUCGUCGAUCUGGUGUGGGCACCUGGCGGGCUGGAGAGGCAGCAGAACUGCCUGGAAACUAUUUGUUUCUGUGGGGAUCUUCCUCACAAUGCCCUUCCUCUGCCUCGUUUACUGGAUUGCACCAAAGUCUAAGGGUGGAAAAAUACUCAAGAUCCCCGUCAUCAAGUUCCUCCUGCACUCUGCGUCCUAUCUGUGGUUCCUCAUCACGUUGCUUGGGGAAUCUAUAACUAUGGAAAUGUACAGAGACAAGUUUGCCUCCAGGCAGCAAAACAUUCUGCACAGUUCUUUCCACAUGGUGUGGGUGGUGGGAUUUUUCUGGUAUGAGUGUAAGGAGGUAUGGAUUGAAGGCCUGCGUAGUUACUUCCUGGACUGGUGGAACUGCCUGGACAUGAUGGUGCUCAGUAUGUACCUGGCUUCAUUUGCGCUGCGUGUCGUCAUUAUGCUCAAAGGAUACUUCCUCUGUCAUGACCACAGCAAAUCAGAUGAAUGCAUCUACUUCACCCAAACUGUGCGGGAUGACUGGCACCAGGAGGACCCACAGCUGAUCGCAGAGGUGCUGUUUGCAGUCACCAGCAUGCUCAGCUUCACUCGACUGGCUUACAUCCUGCCAGCCCAUGAAUCUCUAGGAACAUUACAGAUCUCUAUUGGCAAAAUGAUCGAUGAUAUGAUGAGAUUUAUGUUUAUACUGAUGAUCAUUGGAACUGCUUUCCUCUGUGGCAUCAAUAACGUUUAUGUACCAUAUGUCAUCUCUCCACAUCUGGGCAGGUUUAAUGAGACAUUUCACUUCCUGUUCUGGACCAUGUUCGGAGUGGCCAACCAGGACUAUGUGGACAUGCCUCAGUUUGUGUUGGCAGAGUAUGUCGGGAGAAUUCUCUAUGGCAUCUUUACACUUGUCAUUGUUAUCGUACUCCUCAACAUGCUGAUUGCUAUGAUCACCAACUCCUUCCAGAAAAUUGAGGAUGAUGCUGACGUGGAGUGGAAGUUUGCCAGGUCAAAGCUGUACCUUAGCUAUUUCAGAGAGGGCCUAACUAUGCCUGUUCCCUUCAAUAUCAUCCCGUCACCUAAAGCUGUCUUCUACAUUCUUAGAGGACUCUUCCGGCGACUUUGCUGCUGCUGCACAUGUAAUCCCAGCAGCAGAUAUCCCCCAAUUACCUCAAUUACUAAUGAUAAGAGCUCAGACGACGGGCAGCUACCGUACAGACAGCAGGUGAUUGGGGCACUGGUGCAACGGUACAUUGAAUCAGCACGGAGAGAGUUUGAGGAGGCAAAAAGAAAAGACAUUGGGAAUCGUAUCACUGAGCUGAGCAAAGCAGUGGGCAGGUUACACACUGACAUGAAGGUAGUGCAACAGCUACUGAUAGACGACGGACACACUGUUAGUGAUGCCUGUUCAAAAGAUGGUUCCUCUUUCCUUGGAAAAUAUAUAAUCGGUGCCAAGAACAACUUCCGAGGUUUCAACAGUAGACAAGAUGAUAAAGCUGCCUCUCUCAAGGUUGUGCUGCAUCAAGACAACGGGGACAAAGAAAAAGAGUUAGGCAUGAGACCAGUUGAAGCCAGGGAAUCAAAGACAACAGAGUGUGAAGUGGUGAAGAUGGAGGAAGGAAGAGGUAGAGAAAAUAAAGACCAGAACAAGCCCAGCCACAUUGAGAAAAAUGAAAAUACUGAUCAGGAAUCUAAAGAGGAGACCACCGCAGGGACAAGUCAUGUGAUCAAGGCUGAGGACAUCCAGGAAGAAGAGAAGCAAACAUCCCAUGAAAACACUGAUCACCAAAAAGAAACAAAUAAAGAACAGACUGGCACCAAACAGCUUGUAAACCGAUUUAAAGUCUUUGAAGCUCAAAACAAGAAUGCAGAGCCCAAAUGGAUGAAAGGCCGAAAGUUUGAACACAUCUCAGAGAAUGUCUCCAAGGAGAGUCUUGCCAAACCUGGGCCUAAAACAGGGGCUUCGUCUCCAACAGACAGCAGCAGCUCUCAGGAUACAGGAUUCGGGUCGCAGGAGGGGGACCUUUCAGUGGAGGGGGUGUGUGGUCCAAGUUAGCUUCUAUAGGGUUUGGGUAUCUUGGCUCAUAGGAUUACUGCAGUUCAGCCACAAUAGC